AUGAAUAUAGCUGUUCCAUCACCACCAACUUCAUCGAGUUUUCAUCGUUCACAUUCUGAUCGUGAUCUAUUACUAAAUGAACGUCGUUUAACUCGUGCUCGUUUAAAUAGUUCGUCAUCAUCAAAUCUUGCAUCACUAACAUCAACUAUUAAUUCUAUUGCAACAACAUCAUCAUCAUAUACAACGGCACUGUCAACACCAGCAUCUCUUCCAUGGGAUCGUUUACAUAAAUGGUUAUAUGGUAUUGCUAUUGUAACAUUUGAUCUUGAAUUAGGACAAUCAAUAGAAUUACUUUUACCAAGUCAUUGUAAAUUAACAGAUAAAGAAAAAUUAAAUUUAUCAUAUUUAUCAUUCCCUGAUACAAAUUCAACAUGUCUAGGUGAUUUUCAAUAUCAUUUUCGUAUGAAUCAUGAAUCAUUAAAUUUAGCAAUAGAUUAUCAAUAUUAUAACUCAAUUGUUCCAGCAGCAUUACAAGUUGAUAAUAAUUCAUUAUUUGGUUAUGUUAAUUUUCGUCAAAAAUGUGAUAAAACAAUCAAACGUGGAUUUUUUCAAAAAUCAUUUGUUCUUUUAUCAAAAUUCCCAUUUAUUUCACUUUUUUUAACUAUGGUUAAUCAACUUGCUAUAAACUAUUUUCAACAUGGUUUAACAAGUUUAGAAUCAUGUUGUCAUUUAAUGGAUUGUCAAUGGCCAGAACCUGAACCUGGUAAAACAUUAUUACUACCUUUAUUAGAUACUGUUUUUCAAGUACGCAUUCCAACACAUGGUGAUAAACCAUUUUCAUCAUCAGAUCUUAUUCAAUUUCGUUCAAUUGCUAAUGAAACAAUGACAGCAAGUAUGAAUAGUAAUAAUAAUAAUCAAAGUCAUUCAUUUAAAUUUCCUAUUGAUGAUGAUAUUGAAAUUGAUGAUAUACCAACAAGAAAUCUAUCCGAACUAGAAAUAACAAAUAAUAAUAAUACAACAGUUGAAUCUGUUCCAAAAAAUGAACCACAACAAUUACCAUGUCUGAUACCAUUUGUAUAUGAUGUUAAUACAUAUCAAUCAUUAUCAUGUGUUUUAACACAUAUUCAACUGUUGUGGGAAUUAGUUCUACUUAAUGAACCAAUUGCAAUUCUUGGAAAUUUUCCAACAAAAUGCUCACAAACUGUUCAAGCUCUUGUUCACAUCAUAUGGCCAUUACGAUAUGCAAAUGAUUAUCGUCCAUUUUUUACAAUUCAUAACAGUGAAUUCCAUGAAAUAACAUUUAAUUCUUCAAUAAAGCCAUCAUUUUCACCACCAAAAAUUAUAAUCGGUGUUACCAAUCCAUUUUUUGCUAAACUUGUUCAUCAAUGGCCGCAUAUCAUUCGUGUUGAUGAUGAUCAACAACAAAAACCAAUCAAAAAACGUGAAAAUUUUCUUAUUGUAGAACAUGAUGAAGAUGAUUUAUCUGUAAAUGAAUUAGAAGAUAGUACGGAGUUAUCAUCAUCACCACAAGCUCAAAAAAUCAUUAAAAAAAAGAUUUCAACAACUUCAAAACCAUAUAAACCAACUCUUACAUCAAAUAAUAAUUCGUCUCAUUUAACAUUUGUUACGAAAGUUGGUUUAUAUACAAAAUAUAAAUCAUAUUUAAAUCGUGAUAAAGUAAUAUUAAAAAAACUUCAAUCAACAAAUACUCAACGCCGUCCUGAUACAGUACAAAAUGCUUUAUUACGUCGAUUUUUUCUUGAAUUAACACAAAGUUUUAUUAUACCACUUGAACGUUAUUUUGUUAGUCUUUUACCAUUACGAAAAUAUUAUCAAGCUAAUCGUGAACCACCAAUAAUAAAAGAAUUUGAAAAAGAAGAAUUUCUUAAAACACUUGAUCAAUAUGGACCACAAUUAACAUCAGGUUUAAAAGGUGAUUGGAAAGAAUUAUAUAAACAUUUUUUAUCAACACCAAAUUUUCGUCUUUGGUUAUCAAAUCGACAACAAGAAGCAAAUGCUAAAAUUUAUUCAUUAUAUAUUGAAACAAUAGCACAUUGUCGUUUAGAACAAGAUUUUAAUCUGUCACAAUUAACAGAAAUUGAAUUAAUUGAUUUAGUUAUUAAAUUUAAAGAUUUAAUUCAACGUUUAGAAACAAAAAAUGAUGAAUUAUUAAUAAGAAUUGAUCAAAAAUUAAAAAAUGAUUAUUUAGAAAGAAUCAAAAUGAAACUGAAAAUAAUUAUUGAAGAAAAUUUAUCUGAGGAUAUGAAAAUAUUAUUUAGCAAACCAAUGAGACUUUCUUCAUCCUAA